UCCUUCAAUGUUUAACGCAACAAACCACGCAUUAAGCCACUACAAUCAAUCGAUCGCUAAUCUGCCCCGCACUAAGAAAACUGGUCGCCCGCGCGACCUCCACCUUUUCCUCCCGCACGACCUCCUCCUCCUCCCGCGCCGUUCGCCUCCCGCAGCCUCGCGCCGAGCCAUGGGAAGCCGCGCCCUUCACCGCCGCCUUGCACGCCGGAGCCACGGGAAGCCACCGCAGGUCACCGGGAGCCCGCCCCCGCUGCGCCGUUUGCUGCCUCCCCAGCCGCGGGAACCCGCCCCCACCGCGGGUCGCUGCCUCCCCAGCCACGGGAGCAUGCCCCCGCCGCGGGAGCCGUCCCGCCGCGGGUCAUCACCUCCCCAGCCACCGGAGCCGCCCCGCCGCACCCUUCACUGCCUCUUGCAGCCGCCGCCGGUCGCCACACCCAUUGCCCCGGGAGCCGCCCCACCGGAGCCACGGCCCGUCGCGCACCGGGGGAGCCCCGCCGCAGGUCGCCGCCCUUCACGGGGGGAGAGCUGGUGCCGCUGCCCUUUGCUGCAGGAGUCGUUGGCAAGUCACAGCCCAUCGCGCGCCGUGGGAGAGGCGCCCCAGGUCGCCGCCCUUCGCCACGGGAGAGCUGGAGCCGCGGAGCCACCGUCCGUCGCGCGCCGGGGGAGAGCCAGGUCUCCUCCUCUGCUGCCGCAGGUACGCCGACGCCUCGCUCCCCCGCGCAACGUCGUCCGCUGGAACAUUUGGUCGUGCCUCACACCGGCCCCACCAUCUUGCCGUGCCUCACACCGGCCCCACCAUCUUGCCGUGCCUCACACCGGCCCACCGUCCUGCCUGCAAUUCUUCGCCUUGUGGCGGCGCUCGGCACGCAUGCCCUGCACCGGCGCUUCUCCAUCACCCAACCAUGCAGUCUACCCAUUUCGUGAGGCCACGCGACUCGCGUGAUCGAUGGAGGCAAGGCAAAGUGGUAUUUUGGGUCUUUGAAGCCAGUACACGUUUACAGUUUCAGUCAUUUCACAUGGUAUUAUUCAUUCACCCUGCACGAGGUACAACCACGCCAUGGAUCUGCUUACUUCUUUUCUUUGAUCUACUCUAUCCCGCUAAUCCCGCUCCUAACCCUCCUCCGUCCUCAUUUUCCUGCAGAGCAGCCGAGCCUUGACAAACCCUCUGCAAGAAACAACUUCCACCGAAAGGCACUAACAGUUCUUUCUAGACAUCCCUAUUGUUUCCUUUGUAUCUUCAGAAUCCAUCGCAAUUGAUUUUACAUAGAGCAAUUCAUCUAUGGUACACCACUGAAGAAAUUUGUAGCACUUGAUUUGUGUAGCAUGAUCUUUUUUCAGCGACUUUGAAGUGAGAUCCCCGCCCUUUAGACAUCUACUAAUUCAGAGAAUCCCCUCUUAAGAUUAUAAUAUUUGUCUUCACAUUUCGUUUGGGUUCUCCACUAGGACAAACUAGCAAAUGUAUUCGUCUAUUUUUACUGCUUCAUAAUUUUGGUGAUGCAUGGAGUAAGUACUAACAGACUUCUGCAUGUCUAUCUUUGACAUGGAUUAUAUUUAUACAACGUCAGUAUAUAUGAUUUAGCUUAGAUAUUUUUCGCACCAAAAGUCCAGAAUAGUCCAGAAUGAUAUUGAAGGUUAGAAUCACGCUUCUUCCAGAUUGAUUAAUUGCAGAGUGCUUUUUAUAUAAAACUACCUAUUGUUAUUUUCCUCCUUUGCCUUACCCAAUGAAACCAUGCAUUCUUCAUAGGUUGAGACCAUGGGCAUCGUCGAAAUCCCAAUCGGAGCCAUGCUUGAUGCCAUGUUGAAGGACCUGAACCUUCCACAACCACUGUCCACUUUUACCCAUCAGUAUCCUGAAUGAUGAACGAUGAACAAGUAUCUUUGUCUGGAAAAUGCUUUAAAGUUUGUACGCACGGCUCAGAACUAAGAUGCCACUGAAGCACUCAAGUAGAAAAGACUAGGUAGUAGUGAAGUGUGGAUGGGGUGCGAAAGAGAAGGGGAAAAAGCGUUCUCAUUUUAGAAAAAAGAGGUCCUGACCUGUUUUUUAAUACUCAAAACAUACAGUAUAUAUGAUACUAUGGUUUAUAACUGCAAUAUUUGUUGAUGCCAAACACCCUAAAUUAUUUAAAAUUAUAUUAUACACGUACAUUUCUCCCAAGUCAUAUAGCGGUUAAUACUCAAAUCUUUAUUUUAUUUUUAUGAAACUGAUUGGUGAUGCUUUGUACAUAAUAGUCAGGAUCUGUUUCACAUUACUAUACUUCGUGCCUAAAUGAUAUUCACCACUAUCUCUAUGCCCUUCUAUAUAUUGUUUAUCAUUUGUACUUUUAUAUCUGCAAAUGAGUAAGAAAAAAAUUGAUGUGCCUCUGUUUGAAUCAAGAGAAUGUUCCCUGUUUAAGGAAACAUAACUAUGGAUUGUAGUGCAAAUAUGACACAUAAUCCAACGUCUGAUGAGAAGAAAGCGGAAUACAACACGAAACAUCAUAUAUCCUGAUCACAAAAGGGAGUUGCAACUCUCGACUGUCUUAACCAUGACCAAUUAUCACAAACAUGUGUUUUUCUAUUAGACUGUGCUAUGGUUUAUCUCUGUACAACAAUUCUCAUAUCUAACAUCAUGUGUUUCUACUUGCAGCUUUUGGUCAGGCCCCACUUGUUUCUAGCUAUUCGUGGUUCCAAUUAAAUGCAAGAGCAUCUAUAAUGCUUUUUGUCGCAUUCAUUCAGUAUGUAUUAACUCCUCUCUCCCAUGAUGACAGUAUAGCAUAAAUUCACCAAAAAUCGGCCACUCUCUCCUGAUGCCCCCUCAUGGUGCCAGAUAAACUCACAGGUCAGAAAAACUCUCAUAAUUGCUGAAGCAUUUAUCUCUUCAAGCUGUAACAAGAGUUUUCUGAUAAGGCUGCCUUGCAAUAUUAACCUCACCUGUAUUAUUUUCUGGAGAUCUUAUAGCCUGACCAUGAAUUUGUCUUGAAAUGCUCCUAAUGAGGCUUUAAAGUCCUUGGAAGUGUGGUAAGACCCACUCUCACAUUGAGGUUUAUUCACCAUUAAACUUCUAUAAAGGGGGUUACCAAACCACCCACCUUACACACCGUACCAAAAAGUUGUGUUUCCAGAGAGCAUGACUGUUGAAAUGUAUUUUUACUUACAUUUUAACCUUUGGCCAGGGGAACUUUGUAAAACACGACAUGGUGAUGAAAAUGUCUUCUUAGAAAAUGAUUUUAUAAUUAAAGGUUGUGUUCUAAUUUGCUCUCGCUAUAGAAUUAUUGAAGACGGGUUAAGAGUAGUGUCUUUUAAUUAGCAUGAAUUAUAUAGUAGGCUCGCUAUGAACUGAAAUUAUGCCCUCUUGUUCACUGAUUAUCUAUGAACUAAAUAUACCCUCCUAUAAUACAUUAGUCUUUCAUAUGCUAGUUGUGCACACAUGGCAUUAGCUUCCGUUUUAUCACUAUUAUUUCUUCAGUUUACUAAAAAUAGAAAUAUCACUUGAAACUUCUAUGCCUGUGGCACCUUAGAUCUUCAGUUCAUCGGUCUUUCACAUGCUGGUGAUAGAGGGAAAUCGUCCCGAGCUGAAAGUCAUAAAUUAUCCUUUGGAGUUGUUGCUUUCUUUAGAGUAUUUUUGUCCCCGCGAAUGAUAUAAUCAUGUCUUUGCAAUUUUACCUCAAUGCACUCAUUCACCUGGAAGAAAGUUUCGCCAAUUGCAAUUCAUUCAUUCUCCAUGAGAGGAGUGACAAAGUGUAUUAGCAAUAUGUAUUCUCCCAUUCAAGUGGCAUUGUGUAGCUUAUUAACAUAGUUUUCGUUCUUGUCUACAGAUAGUCUUCAUUUUGUUUGUCAUGCUACUGGACUGGAGUGAUGUUUGUUUAUUGGUUUCUAUGCAAACAAAUAGGUAUAGCAUGUGAGAGUUGAAAAAUGGUUUGAGAUUUCACAGUUCAUCUGUCCAAUGGCUUGUAACUGUAGCUAGAGUGUCCAUACUCAGAUGAAACACUUCAGUUUAAGACCUCUAAACAGUGGCCUAGCAAGAUCCCGAUUUCAGCUUAUGUGGCUUGAGUAAGCAUCCACAGCAUCCCUAGGCCCAACAACAAUCACACAAGAGCAAUCAAUGGUGGCAGAUCUUUCCAUAAUGUACCUUGAAUUAGGUUGUGACUGUUCGAUUUAUUUAUGUAUCAUGAAAUUUUCUGAAUAAUGUAACUUGAAAUGACAUCCUUGGAACUCAGUUCUGAAUAAUCAAGCUGGUGCAUCUACUAACAUUUCAUCUUGA